UGUGUGUGUGGGAACAGGGUGAGGCUCGGGACUUAAAACUCUCUCCUGUUCGCACAGCGUCACUUUGUGUCUACAGCUCUGUCUCUCAGGUAAACUCAGACCUCAGAAGAGCGACAUGAACCUGGAAGACGCUCUCGGUGGUUGGCCCUCUGAUGGCAACAACCAGGGAGGGGCCGGUCCUUGGCCGGGACCACCUCCCAAUCCUACCUGGCCAGGUCAGCCUGCUGCUCACCCUGCCUGGCCUGGAGGUCAGUCUGGAGGGGGAGGCCUCUUCCCCGGUCAGCCCAGUCACCCCGCCUGGGACUCCCCACAACCACAACCCACCGCAUCUGGAGGAUGGGCCAGUCCUUCAUCCCAACAGAGUCUGGUGGUUCCGUAUCAAAUGCAGCUUCCCAGUGGAGUUUAUGACAAACUGCUCAUCACCAUCACUGGAACCAUCAAACCCGACGCUAACAGGAUCACAGUGGAUCUGGCCACGUCGUCGAAUGACUUGGCCUUCCACUUCAACCCUCGAUUCAAUGAACAGGGCAAGCAGGUGAUCGUCAGGAACAGCCGUAUCAGAGACGCGUGGGGGAGAGAGGAGAGGGAGCAGCCCCGCUUCCCCUUUGCCCGGGGACAGCCAUUUGAGCUGAAGAUCCUCUGCACCACAACUGAGUACAAGGUGGCCGCCAACAACUCUCACCUGCUGACGUUCAAACACCGAGUCACUGACCUGAGAUCCAUCAACACAGUUCGCAUCCUUUAUGACCUCACCCUGUCCCGGGUCAACAUGGAGACUCUGUCCUGAGGCAGAUCACCGAUCACCACAGAUCCACAGUGGUAGAUUCUCCUUGGGACUGCAGGAGAUCGGCUGUAGAUCCUGCAGAAUUACAGAUACUCAUCUUAGAUCCAAAGAUCACUUUUCAGUGACUGUAGAUGAUUGUCCUGAACUCCACAUUAGAUUCAAUUAAUCCAAAAUACAUCUUGAAUAGACUAGUGGAUGAUUUUUGGUAGGGUUAGCGUUCAGCAGAAACAGAAGGUUUGCAGUGGAUCCUUUGUGUACACAUUUUCUUCUGAUUGACUCAUAUAAAUAAAGUUUUAAUCUUG